CGGGGAACUUGGUUAGCUGUCUAGUCUGUGGUGUAGUAGUCCGCGCGUGACGUUCUAACAUUCAAGUGUCCUGCUGUCUCAGUAGUUGUUCGUAGCGGAAGCCAGAAGUAACGUCAGCUUGUUAGCUAGUCAGUCGGAUACAGUAAAUGGACACUUUCUUCUCAUUGAAAGAGUCCGUUUUGUCUUAUUUAGACAGAAGCGGAGCUCUACUUCAACUUGCGGAAGACUGCAAACCAUUUAACAAUCCCCAGCAAAGUGAGGCUGUGUAUCGGUUCUGUAUCAGUGUGAACCCGUCAGAUGUAAUAGAACUGGAUCCUGUUUUGGGUGACUGUGUGCUCCAUGACCCUCUCAAAGCCACCACGAUUUUUCAGUCUGUCAUUUUUCUGUCAAUAAAGACACUCUGCCUCAUAGAGAAAAUACAAACGGAAAGUCAGGUAAAUGUGAUUCUGAAAUUUACACACCUCCCUCCAUUCCCCGAGUAUACCCUGGAUCUCAGUGAGUUUCCCCGUGGUUACGGCCUUAUGAGGCCUGUUGCCAUGGAGGGCCUGGUCAUAGCCAUGACAAGGGUCACCAAGUACUCUCGGGGAGCCAGGUUCCUCUGUUCUGAGGAGGACUGUCCCUGCUCAACAGGGUUCCGUCACGUCAGAGUUCACACUCCCGGGGCCACUGAGUCGGUCACGGUAAGAUCUGACUUCCGCUGCCUGCUCUGCUCCUCUCCCCUGAAAGAGGACGUCAAGUUCCGGGUGCUGGGGGACAAGCAGCUGGUUGAGCUGAUCCACAUUCGGGCACUGGAUGCCUUGAAAGCUCACACUCCCACCGCCCUCAGGUACCAGUCUGUCCCCAUGUUCCUCAGAGAUGAACUGUGCAACUCGAUGAGGAUUGGACAUGUGUACCGGGUACUCGGCAUACCCACCCAUGUCCACCAAUGGCCCGGUGUCACUUGGAGUGUGGAGGCUAACAGCGUUCAACCGUGGGAGCCAGAGUACCCUAGUACCAUCAGCGCUAACUUCCAGGCCCUGUUGACGGCCACAGCCUUUUCUCCCUGGGGUUUCUCAGCCAUUGUGGCUAACUCCUUUGGAUCUGCCGUGGUUCCCCCAGGGAUGUACAACACUCUGAAGCUGGGCCUGCUGCUCAGCCUCAUCCAGGGGAGGGAGAGUAACCCAGACUCACAUCAGUGCCUAGACCUACUGGCCCUGACCGCUGACACACUCAUAGUGGAUAGGCUCAUGAUGUACAGCCUGGGUCUAGCUGGCCGUGGGGUGAGACACCCUGCCAACGGGGAAAUGUUUGCCUACCUGUCCCGUGAUGAACACGGAGCGGGAACGGCCAACAUCCAUGCCGGCUCUGCCCUGCUGGCAACCGGGGGGGUCUGCUUGCUGGGGGACCUGGGACACUACAGGAAGGACAAGAUGGACGCCCUUCAGUCAGCUCUGGAGGGUCGGACGGUUUCGUUGAUCAUCCCGGGGAAGAAGUACGGGGAGGAUGCUGACGAGCAGAUCUCCUUUGACGUCGAGUGUAACUUCUGGGCCCUGGCAGACUUCACAGCCCCCUCAAAGAAGACCCCCAGGACGGACACAGUGGUGCUGGGGAGCACGGAUAUGGGCUCGAUCCCUGCCCAGCUGGCUGAGACUUUUGGUCUUGUCAUCCGGUGUCGGGAGGCAGAUGGAGAGCAGGCCCUGCUGGCCCAGACGGUACACACCCUGAGGCAGGCCGUGCAGCCGGAGGAGCCCCUCUACCCUUCCUGCAUACAGUUCACCACACAGGACUACCAGGAGCUCAUGGCCUGUGCCCAGGGGAUCCAGACAGAGCUGAGCCCGGGGGCAGAGAGGAUGAUACAUGGGUACUACAUGGCCAGUCGGAGGGUUCGCACCGGCUCAGGUCAUGGUGCAAAGGUGUCCGUGACCUCAGUCAAGCUAAUGAUCUCUCUAGCGGAGGCCCACAGUAGACUGUGUCUAAGGUGCACUGUUCUGGAGGACGACGCAUUGAUUGCUGUACUGCUUUGUGAAAACUCCCUCACCCUAAAACAUGGGGCAUCAGCUCUCGUUAUCCCAGCCAACGCAGCAUUUCCCUGUGACCUGUGUGACCUCGAGGCUCUCCACAGGCGAGACCGGACCCUGGAGCAGCUAAAACAGAGCAUCCUAACCUUCAUCUACACCUACGCCCCCGGGGGAGACCGCUACAUCACUGAGGAGUAGAGCAGUUGGACUAGAACCUGAAGAUACAUGUUCGAGUAAGAUGGGCAAUGUACGUGGUGGCCAAAAUCAACACGUCGAGCUUGGACAAUUUGGUGUCCGGUGGCACCGAGGGCAGGGUCCUCUGUAGCUCCAGAAACG